GGCAAACGAUUUCGAAAUACUGAAGAAUUUAAUUGAGGAUGGAAAUAAUAAAGCCAACGAAAUGCAUAAUGAGAUCGUGGGUUUAAAAUCGGAGAACGAAAAGUUGAUGUCAGAACUGAAAGACAUGAAAACGUCGAUGAAAGCAAAUAUAAUGGACUCCAAUUGCAAGUUGAGUGAGAAGGUCGAAUCUUUGAGCACGUGUGCUUGUGGUGAGAACCCAAGAUGUCAUGCAGGUGGAGACAUCGAAUUUGAAGCUGACAAAUAUGAUAAGAGAAUAUGGUGGACAAAGCGUAUAACAGAGAACUACUACACGGCAGGAAGAUUGUCAAGCAGAAUGAUCAAAUAUGCUCAUGAGGCUGGCUUCAAAUCAAUCAUAGCAGUUGUGAAUUUUACAACAGCAGUUCAGAGGGGCGAUGAGUAUUUCCCGACGAC